CGCGAGACAAUAACAGACUCUGACUAAUUAAGCUAUAAAUAUAUUGUAGCUUUAUUUAUUGAAUACUGGCCAUGAAUCAUAAGCGAAAGCAGCAUGUCUUGUGUUGUGAUGUCUUUAGCACGGACGCCAAUCCAACCCUGGCCUCGGUUAAUUCUGUCGUGUCACAACUGAAACUCAAGGAAAAGCCGACACGUAAGCUGCGCUUGCCCAAGCUUACGGUCGUGGCGCAACGGGUUGAGCAGUACCGUGGCAAAUGGCUAAAGAUUCAUGAAGCCACGGUUCAGGGUAGUUAUGAAGCCUAGGACCCUGCAAAACACAUAAUACUUUCACUGCAGGUAUGCAUAUUGUUUUAAUUAAUUAGCUGUCAUCAUUUAUAAGAUGUUACCAAUCAUCGUAAGCUACUUGAACGAAUCACAAUAACUAGUCGGAAAAAUGAGGGUUGCCAUUGUAAGACGUCAUCAUGGCAUCUGAUCUAACACGACGCCAUCGAAUCAGUUGUCGAUGGCUUUGAAUUGAUUUUAAGCCCCAUUUCUUAUUUAAUUUGGCCGGCCUUUAUUACCCGAGAAAGCUUAACUACAUAAUAUCACUAUCGUAACUGUUAACUCUAGCCUUUUUCCUCACCUCUGCACUAUAGGCAAUUCAUGCCACUACAAAGGCAAAAUAUCUACGCUCCCAUGACCUUUGUCGCUUAGUACCUUACCGAACGAAAUUCAGAAUGCUAUCAUUAACUAAAUCGACAGCUUUGAUAACCUGAUGCUUCGUACGGCAAGCAGACAUUUUCGCACAGUAAUAGCAAUCACGGUGGACGAUGUGCUUGCAGCCGAGCGAGCUUCUGCCUUACGCGGAAUAGAUCUGUUGGGAUGCUAUGAUUGUUUAUGCCUCAGAAAAGCAGAGUGCUUGGUGGAUAGCACGCGAAGAGGAAAGACAGGGCGAUGGGGCAGCAAACCCACAUCACGGUUUUGCAUUGAUUGUGGAUUGCACCCACAUUCAGGCACUACUCGAUAUAAUUGUGCUAAUAAAAUCGGUAUAGGAGGCGAGGUAUUUGUUAAAUGCUGGUGUGGCAAGGGUUGUAUCUUGCACACGGACUCCUCCAGUGAGAAUAGACGGGUCUGCAUGACUUGCUGGAAGCCUGUGGCACAACGACGAAGGCAACGGCAGCAAGAGCAGCAGAAUCUUCAACGCCGGCAGGAGAAAACUGCAAAAGCGAAAGAUAGGGCUGAGCGACGCGCUCGGUACCAUGACCGGGGGCGCGCCGAGAGUGAUAUCGGCAGUCUUAUAUCUGGGACCACAAUAUCAGAUAAUGAUUCUGAUUACGACUGGGUCUAAUCGUAUCUCUUUCUUACUACUGCUUGAUGGAAUGAAUGAUUGACUUGAGCUAAGGGACAAAGGGCUCGGGAUAUAGUAAAUACAGACAGAGCUUCGAAGGUCCCAGGGCCUGCUUUAAGAUCUGAUUCUGUGACGCUGGUUGGUAUACUGGUAAUAUACUUAAGAAUAUUAUUAAGUAUUUCAUAAGUCUCAAAUACCUUUACCCCUGCUUUUAAGACCAUCAGUGAUCAG